AUGGCCCCACAGCUCCCUCCUCUAGCACGCAGCGAUUCCAAAGCAAAGUUCUUCCAGCGUCUUGGACUGUCCUCGCAGGAGAGCUCUGACAAUCGUCUCUAUGAAAUGAUGAGAAACGAAGCGAUUCUGGGAAGAGAGCGAAUCCUGAGCAAUCCUGACAGUCUGUUGCCUCAACUGAGAGGUGGCCCGGAUGCAAGUACAAGGGAAUUAGUACGACCUCCCUAUUCGAAUGUUCAGAUCUGCGAAUCGGCAGUGCAUAACGAGAUCUUGAGAAUCUAUCGUGAGGCAAUGCCUGAGACCAAGACAGUCUACGAUAAGGGCCAUGAUACAGAAAGCUUCAACGAAGAGAACUGGAUCAUACGAUGGAUGCUGUGUAAGCUUGACAAGUGUGAGAACGAUGAAUUCGACUGA